ACACACACAUUUAACAGCCACAGCCAAAUAUAUUUCCAUAAACUAAAAUUACCUCUAAAAUGCGUAGAAGCUGCAACUUUCCCAAAUGCCGCAUCUUCGGCCUGAUGAUAUGGAAAAACUUUAAGAAGCAAAAGCAAAACAAAUUCAUAUUUAUCGCCUGCAUUUUUAUGCCAACGCUGUUCAGUGUGUUUUUAAUAAUUCUACGCUACACGACGCCAGCGCUGAAUAAUACAGAUAGCAUACGCUAUAAUAGCAUACAGUAUGACAAAAGCUGGAAGUCGCUGAUAGAGAAGCUGAACAGUCGCCGCGAGCGCAUGAUCAAGGAGGAUACAUCCUUCAAGGACAGCGUCUUUAUACCCAACAUAUUGCUGGGGUAUGCGCCCAAUCACACCGUAGCGCUGCGUCAGCUAUUCUCGGGCGUUGCUCAGCGCCUGCAACUUGCUCCAGCUCAGCUUGUCAGCUUCCAGAGCUGCGAGGAGCUGCGCAUUCAUGCCUAUGCUCAGCAGUUUCUGGCCAGCGUCUGCUUUGACGAUUGGGAUCCGAUGCAGCAGCAGCUGCCGCCUCAGCUCAAGAUCGUUAUUAUUUAUCCAGCCGAGCUGCGUUUCUAUGAGGACAGCUGGAUUGGCGACAGCUGGAAACUGGAAACAUUGUGGGGCAUGGUUAUCAAGGACGACAAUGCCGACACUGCCAACUCGGAAUAUGUGCGCGAGGGUUUCAUUUCGCUGCAGUAUGCCAUCAGCAUUGAAUAUUUGCAGCGACUCUCCCAGAAUGUUGCACUGCCCGAGGUACAGUUGCGUCCAUUCAAAAUGAUUUCCAACAUAGACAGACUGCUGGCCAUGGGGCCCGAUCUGUCCACCCUGGUGCUGCUCAUUGGCUUCAUGUUUCCCAUUACGAUACUAACGAAGGACAUUGUCGAGGAGCGUGAGCUGGGCCAGCACUUGGCUCUCAACUCGAGCAAUGCGGACACUGUGCUACAAUUUACUGCCUGGUAUUUCAAUGGGUUUUGUCUGCUGCUCAUUACAUCCACAUUUCUAACAAUUGUGCUAAAAACAAAAUGGCACAAUGGGCUGGCGGUGAUGUCGCAUUGCCCUUGGUUCAUCAUAUUCGCCUUCUUCACCUCCUAUAUGAUGUCGGCUGUGGGCUUUGCCAUGCUGAUGGCUGUGCUGAUGCGGAGCACAAAGAUGACGGUGGCAAUGGUGCCGAUGUAUUGGAUAUUGGUGCCACUGCCGCUGUUAUCGACGGAGGACUGGGGCACUAACUGGACCUCGGCCAUGGCGACCAUUGGCUGUGUGCUGCUAUGCAAUGUGACCAUUUGCCGCGGACUGCGCUCCAUGCUGUGCUUCGAGGAGUACUCGGCGCACAUAAGCAACAAGCGCUAUAUACUCUCCUCCAUAACGGGCAAGGAGUUUCCCAUACUGGUGCUGCUGAUCUUCUUCUAUGUGCAGACGUUGCUGUAUGUGGGCGUGGCGCUUGUGCUGGAGGGCAAUCUGGUGCCGUGGGCGCUGCAUGUGACCAAGUGCCGGCCCUGCACGCAUUUGUUUGUGCGACUGUUGCACUUGAUACGGCGACGCUUGAAGCAGCGACGCGAGCGCAGGGUGCGCGAAACGGAGGAGCGGGAGAUGCAGCUGCGACGCAACUCGGAGAUUACCGAAGAGACGGAGCAGCUGCAGCAGGUGCAGUCAUUGAAUGCGCCAUCGCGUCGUGCCACGUUGAGCCAAGAGCGCAAAUCCGACAAGGACAAGCGAGCAGCGCAAAAAGCUCUUGCCAAGAAAAAUAAGAAUAAAGAGCCGGCGGCGGCGUCGGCGGCGGCGUCGGCGGCGGCGUCUACUGCUGCAGAGGAUGCAUCAUCAGCAGAUGAUGACUAUGAUGUGGACCUGCACGGCAUGGACAAGAGCAUUGUCGUCUGGUGGAGCGACACGGAGCUGAUGAACGCCAACAAGCGCAAGAGUUCGAAUAGACGGCGGCGUGCGUCAUCGCUGCAGCUGCUGGAGCACGCCUCGCAGCUGCACGACUCGGGCGACAGCAGCGAGGAUAGCCUCUCGUCCGAGCUGGAAGAUGAGGGGCCCGAGCCGCGACCCGUCGUCAUUGAGUUUGACAAUGUGUGGAAAAAGUAUGAGAAAUCGUUUGUCGUGCGCAAAUUCUCGCUCUCAAUCUACGAGGGUGAGCUGCUCGUGCUGCUGGGACACAAUGCAUCGGGCAAGACCACAAUCAUCAACAUGCUGUGUGGCAAGGAGACGCCCAGCAAGGGCAAGAUUCUCAUCAACGACUACGAUGUCAACAGAAACGGCAACAAAGCCUUUGGGGGCGUCGGCAUGUCGCUGCAUCGUCUCCAACUCUUCUCCGAGUUCACACUCAUUGAGCACAUUCUCUACUUUUGCCGUCUGCGCGGCCUUUCGCUGUCGAAGGCUUCGGCGGAGGCCUCGCUCUUCCUGCGCGAUCUGCAUCUGGAGCACAUGGCGCACACCCAUGUCAAGCAGCUGACCACGGGUCAGUCGCGCCUGCUCCAAGUCAUUUGUGCCUUUGCCGGACAAACCAGCGUCGUGCUGCUGGAUAAGCCCAUGGAGGGCAUCGACUCCUAUCAUCGCCGCUUGUUCUAUGACUUCGCUCUGCGUGAGCGCGCGAAUCGCACCAUCUUCAUCACCACCAACUAUCCGCAUCUGGCCAGCAAUCUGGGCGACCGCAUUGCAAUCCUAGUCAAUGGCCAGCUGCACUCCUGUGCCACCGAGAAGACGCUGCUCAAGCUCAACAAGAUGAGCCAUCGCCUGUUAUGCUAUCUGGCGCCCGAUUGCAACUUUGGACAGCUGCUGAACUUUGUGGCCUACCACAUACCGAGCAUUGAGGUGGAGUCGCGUACGUCGGAGGCGGCAAUGUUUGUGAUUGACUAUACGGACUUUGAUGGGCUGGUGCAGCUGACGGAUGCACUGAGCAAGGAUAUGGAUAAACUCUAUUUGGACAGCAUUAUGAUAAUGCGCUCCGAUAUGGAGAACGUGCUGCUCAAAGCGACGAUGAGCAGGUCGGGCAAGCAGUAUCCGCCGAACAUGUAUGUGCUCCGUAGUCUGGCCGUGAGAUUGCAGCAGAUCGACGAGACUGAAUUGGACUCGCCUAAGACGCAGCGACUACGCUGCUGGAUGCGUCACUUUGGGGUGGUGAUGCGCAAGCGAUACCUCAUGGACGUUCGCUUCUGUGCCGUGCCCUUGCUGCAGAUCUUCUUUCCCAGCAUCAUGGGUGCCUGGAUGCUGUCGAUGACCUAUUUAUCAUCGGAUCGCAUACCCCGCCGACCUUUCCCCAUCACCCUGAGCACCUAUGCCGAGAGCAUAACGCUCGUGCAACAAUUGUCCAGCGUGCCGCAGCUGCAAGUGGCAGCCAAUCAUUAUAUGAAGCUCGACAGGAUCGAUCGCGAGGUAAUCGAGCUGCAGCCAGAUCAGAACGUCUUUGACUAUAUCUAUGCAUAUGUGAGGGAGCAUAAUAUGCUCACCGAUCUCAACUUUGUCGUCGCUGUUAUUUUUCAAGAUGGACUAGUCGACGCGCUUUUCAAUAAUAAUAUGCUGCAUUCGGCGCCGAUCAGCUUGGCGCUCGCCAUGGAAGCACUUGGUGUCGCCUAUGUGGGUCCCGAUACCAAAAUCAGCGUUGAACUGGAGACGCUUCCAUAUUCGACGCAGCACGCUUCGGUGCUAGAGGAUACGAACUAUUCCCUGGAUUGGCUGUUCAAUGUGACGAUGAGCAUUUGUUUUUGCUUUGUGUGGACAAUACCGCUGCUGAACUUUGGUCUGGGGCCGGACUCGCCGUACGGACGUAUCGAGCUGAUUGCCGGCAUGCAGUAUAGCAUUGUGAGCUUGGCCAACUUCUCGUUCGGCAUGAUCAAGGUGGUGCUCAGCAUGAUUCCCUUGCUGGCAAUCAUUUUAUACUUUCAUCCGAAGAUCUCGAUGGGCGUUGGGGACAUAUCACUUUUCAUUUAUGUUCUCCUGAUUAUGGCACUGUGCGUGUUAUCGAUAAACAUACUUGUGUCCUACUGGAUAUCGGAGAUGCGCACCGGCUAUGUAACCAUCUUGAUAUUCUACUCCAUGGGCAUAUUAAUUUUUCUGCUCCUGAAUGAAAUGUUGAUCAACAAGGCGGUGAGCAGCGUCGAUUACAUUUUCCUCAUGAUAGUGCCCCACUAUGCGCUGAUGCAUAACCAAGUCUUCAUCUACAAUAUUUCGGUUAUUAAUGAUAUCUGCAAUGAUGCGCAAACCAAUGAAAUUAGCGUGCUCUUGGAACAAUGCGAUGGUUUUCCCAAUUGUUGUGAAAAUAAGCACAAUGAUUUAUUUGUCACUACCAAUUUGCUGUAUAUAUAUUUUCUGAUAAUAUGCAUCUGGGCAUUUCUGCUGCUGCGCACGUUUUUCUCCGGUUCGCGUAUCAAGAAGCGUAGAGAAAAGGAAACUGUGCACAAAGACAGCGAUCCGGACAGUCGAUAUGAUCACAAUAUGCGCCAUUUUGUUUAUCAGAAUAACAUAGACGACACUUGGAUCGAUGAGAAGAUACGCGUACGCACCAUAGAAGGACGUAAUAUGGAUCAAAUGGCGCUGCAUGUGGAAAAUCUGGGCUUGUUCUAUGGCUCGCAUGUGGUGCUGAAUCAUGUGAACUUUUUAGUGGAGCGCUUUCAAAUCAUUGCUAUGGUGGGUGUCAAUGGCGCGGGCAAGACGCAGCUGGUGAAGACGCUUCUGGGCAUUUGUCCACCCAGCACGGGCUACAUUUACAUGAGCGGCAAGAAGGUGGUGCCGUCCAAGGAGCGCAUCAACUACAAGCACGUGAGCUACUGCGCACAGGACGAUGAAGUGGAUGAUGCGCUGACUGUGCUGGAAGUGAUACAGAUAAUGCUCCUGGUGCGUGGUCUGAAUCGCCAGCAAGUCCACAGAGAUGCGCUGGACUUGUGCAGACUGUUCGAUUUGUAUUUGUAUCGCUUCCAUAUGCUGCCCAUCUGCAGUCGGGGAGUGCGCAAGCGUCUGAGCAUUGCCAUCACACUGAUCGGCUAUCCGGAUAUUAUAUUUAUGGACGAUCCGUUUGCCUAUCUGGACGUGCAGAGCAGAAGCAACAUUUCCCAGCUCAUUGAGUUUGUCGCCAGCUAUGGCCAGGCAGUGCUCAUCACGUGCUCGGACCACAGAUACUGCCAUGUGGCCCAUCGCGAUGCGAUGCUCAGUCACGCCAGCAUUCGCAUCAUUGGGGAGCGCCAGGAGGUCCAAGUGGAUCGCAACAGUGCCUACUACGUCGUCGAUACGCGCAUCAAUACGGCGGACAUCAAGCGCAGCUCCUCGCGUAGUCAUUUGCGCAAAUCCUCAACGCUCAAGUCGACUGCCUUCUGGUUCAACGACGAUGAGAUUAUCUAUUUGCAAAUCUGUCACAUGAUCGAGGAUCUAUUUCCGCACGCCAUCAUCAAAACCAGCACUCAUCAGACGGCCGUCUUCUGGCUAUCGCAGAGCACCUAUUCGAUGGCCCACAUCCUCUAUGUGCUCCAGAAGCACAAGCAUAGCUUCUACUCCUUUUCCAUUUCAGUGCCGUCGAUAAUGCGCAACGUGGGUGAGCAAAGAAUAACAACGGACAUCAUUAUGGCUGAAGAUCUGUGAAGAUUCAUUUCAAGCGCUGCUCAACUAACACAUACACUUUUAUCUUAUGUGCAAAGCAUCCAAAUAAAUGCU